CAUAUGUUACAUAGCCAGCCAACGUAUCUUCUACUUGAAUUUUAAACCUGCUUAUGUUUAAGCAUUGAUAGGUUUGGACAAAUUACACAAGUUCUUGCAUUUAAUUUCUCUUAUUUAUUUAUUUAUUUUUAAUUAGGACGGUAGUGAUUUGGUUCUCUUCUGGUAAAUCAAAUUAAUACGUGAUGCUUUGACCAGGAAAGUGGCGAAUGAAGCAGACAACUACUACAAUAACUACUUCCUGAUGCAGCAUGAUCUUCUCAGAGAUCUAGCUGUUCAUCUGAGCAGCGAGAAGCCAUUGGAACAGAGGGAAAACCUGAUUAUUGACUUGAAUAAAAAUAACAAUCCUGAAUUGUGGUCAGAACCAAAGAAGGGAGGUGUCAUUUCUGGCAUAUCUCAACAAUUGUCUAUUAUGCUGAAGCAAAAACAAGUCGCUGCCCGCUCAGUCUCUAUAUCAUCCGGUGAAGCCUUCACUUCAAAAUGGUGGAGCAUGAAACCGUAUAGAGCGGAGGCUCUAGUGCUAAAUAUUGGGGGUAACGAUUACACCUUACCAGGUUUCAUCAGGUAUAUGAGGAAACUCAAAGUUCUAAUUCUCAUAAACUAUAGCUUCCAUCCUUCUCAACUACACGGUUUUGAGCUACUUGGUUCUCUAUCCAACCUGAAGAGAAUACGGCUGCAGAGAGUUUCCGUCCCUUCCCUUUGCAAAUUUAAGAACCUUAGAAAAUUAUCCCUUUACAUGUGUAGUACGAGUCAGGCUUUUAGAAGCGAUGCCAGUAUUAGGGAUGCACUGCCAAAUCUAGUGGAUAUGAGCAUUGACUAUUGCAAAGAUUUUAAGACACUGCCUGUUGGAUUCUGUGACAUUACUUGCUUAGAAAAGCUAAGCAUCACAAACUGUCAUAGUUUCUGCGGGCUGCCCCACGAUAUAGGAAAGCUAGGGAAAUUGCAAGUGCUGAGGCUUAAUAACUGUACUGAUUUGGUAGACAUUCCCGAUUCAAUCAAAAUGCUUCAAGAGCUUAGCCUUCUUGACAUGUCGUACUGCAUAAGCCUGCGAAGAUUACCGGCGGACAUUGGUGGUUUGAGUAAUCUAUCAAAGCUCUACAUGAUGGGUUGUUCAAGGUUGUCUGAGUUGCCUGCCUCUGUCACCUUACUUAAGAAGCUGCGGAAGGUUAUAUGCGAUGAAGAAAUAGCCAUCUCAUGGGGAGAACAUUUCGAUCCCUCAGCUCUCGCACCGAGCAUAGAGACGACCAGAAAUGAUAAUCAUUUUAACUUAAAUUGGCUUUUUGGUCAAUUAAGAAACUUGAAUUAGCUUUCAUGGAGCUCCCUC